AUGAGUUUAUUAAACUUCAAUCCUGCUGUGAGGAGUGAAAUAACUACGUAUGUAAUCUAUUUUGUAAGGUAGUCCUCGUUCAAAAAGAGUAUUGGCUACUCUAGGUUUAGUUGUUUAAGAUCUCUACUAUCCUACAAGAGAGGAGAUCUUACAAUAAGGAGUCUAAUUUGAAGAUGUAGACUAUUAUGUUGAAGCCAAAUUGUAGCAUAUGUGUGAAAGAGUUGAUAGAUUUUUAGAUCUAGUCAGAUAGGAAUAUAAUAAUAGUUCUGAAGAACAUGAACGAAAUGUAACUUAUCAUCUAUCUUCUAGUCUCAAUCUAGUCAAUUGUAAUUGAGUCAAUCUUUUAUGUAAAAGUAAGAACAGAUGCUUAGAACAUUGUAAAACAAAUAGAAGAUUGAAAUUGAAAGAGAAAUAUAAACUGAAAUGAAGAUCGAAGAAAUGAAAAGGAAGAAUUAAAUUAAGGAAUAGAGAAUAGAAGAGUUAAGGAAAAUGAAAGAAGAAGAAUUUCAUUAAAGAAUGUUAGAGAAAGAAGAAAAACUCAAAUUGAGAGAAUAAAAACUCAAAUAGGCUAAGUUAUAAGCAGAUAUACAUAAUGAAACUAUUAUGCAUAAGUUCUAAGAAGAGGAACUAAAGAUUCAAUAGAAAUAAGCUAAAUAUGCUUUGAUGAAACAAGUGGAGAAGGAGGAAAGAGAAAGAGAAAUAUAGGAAAAAAUGAAUAGAAGAGCCUAAAGAAUGGCAGAGUAAGAAUAAUAAGUUUAGCAUGAAAAUUUAAUUAGACAAUAAGAAUAUAAUAAGAAAUUAAAAAAUAUGGAAUAAAUGUUGUUAGAGAAGUAGUAAUAUAUUAGAUAAUAAAAUUAAUUAAAAGAAGAAAGAGCUAGAGAAAAAUAUUAAAGUGCUACUGCUUUAAAAUAAUUAGAGACUUAUUAAAUUGAAUAAAGAAUUCAUUCUAAAGAAAAAGAUAUUUAAAUGAGAAAUACAAUGCAAGAAUUCAAUAGAUAAUAAUUAUUAUAAUAAAAGAGAAAUUAGGAAUAACAAAAACAAUAGAUGAUGGAAUAAAAGAAAAUGAUUAUUAGUUAAGAAUAGAAUAGAAGAAAUUAAGAAUAUAUUAAUUAAGAAAAGGAAAGAGAGUUGAAGAAAUAAAUGUUGGAAGAAUAAAGGAAAUUGAAGAGAGAUGAAAGUAGUCUAAUGUUGUAAUCUCAUAUGGAAGAAGUUUAAAUGGUAUAUUAAUUCAUUCUAAAAUAUUAAUUAGAAAUAAAGAUAUCUAGAUAAAUAAACUGAAUUGGAGAAUCAAAGAAUUAUAGCUUUAAAAUAAUAAUAAUUUUUAAAUGCAGAAGAGUUAAGAUAGAAAAAUAUCUUAAAUAUGAAGAGAAAAUAUGUUUAAGAAUUAUUAAAAUUAGAAGAUGCAUCAUAAAAUUAUUAAAUUUAAAAAAGAAAAGAAUAAUACAAAAAUGCAAUUUUAUUAGAUGUAUAUAAUUUUUAAUUUCAAUAUUUAGAAAUUUGAAGUAACAGAUAGAAGAUUAAAAUAAUAAUAAAAUGAAUAUUAAAAAUUAUAAGAAACUAAAAAAUAGAUGGAAAUUAAUAUCUAAAAUGAAAAAAUGAGAAUUCUAGCAGUAUUAAAUAUUAAAGUUAUUUAGAGGAAUUUGAUAAAAAGAAAAAGCAAUUAGGUGAAGAAAGAAAUAGUUAAUAAAUUAGCUAAAUUGUUUAACCCAAUCCAACUGAUAGAAUAUUAAUAAAUAAACCUAUUAAAACUAAAAGUGCAACAAGUUUUCAUUUACCUCCAGCAAAAGAAUAAAAAGAUUAAAAAUUAAAUUCAGAAAAUAGAUCUACCAAUAAUAAAAGUAAAAGAACUUUAGAUGAAAAAUCUAUGUCUACUACUUCUUAAAAGAAAAGACAUUACUUUAUUUCUGAACAAACUAUGAAGGCUGUAUAAUUAUAUGCAAAUGGAGAAACCCUUAAAUAAUUUUAGAUUGAAAUUCGUCCAAAUAAAAAAAAGAGAUGA